AUGCCGGGUUUAGCACAGAGAAAUGAGCACUACUCUUCUGGGUUUUGGUCCAACGACUCCGAUGGAGUCAGCUACAAUCAAUUGCAAAAGUUCUGGAGUGAGCUGUCGCCGAAAGAUAGGCAGGAGCUCCUCAGGAUCGACAAGCAGGCUCUGUUUGAGCAAGCUCGCAAGAACAUGUGCUGUUCCAGAUGCAACGGCCUGCUGCUGGAAGGCUUCCUGCAGAUUGUUUCACAUGGGAGGACCUUGCAACAAAAAGGAUUGCUAGGAAAUCUACCAUGCAAAAGAUCAGGAGCCUUGAAAGAUCAAACUGGCUGCAACUCAGCUGUCACUAACAGAUGUACGGGUCAGUCGCAUGACCCUGCUGCUCAUCAGUGGGGAGGUCUGACCACAACACGCGAUGGAUCACUCACACUUCUUGACUCCUAUUUGUAUGCGAAAUCUUUCAAAGGGCUUCAAACUGUGUUUGAAAGUGCGCGUGCUCGAGAGAGGGAACGUGAGUUGCUUUAUCCCGAUGCUUGUGGUGGGGGAGGACGGGUAUGGAUAAGUCAAGGGAUGGCUGGUUACGGUAAAGGUCAUGGAACAAGAGAAACAUGUGCUUUGCAUACCACAAGGCUCUCUUGUGAUACGUUGGUGGAUUUUUGGUCUGCACUUGAGGAGGAAAGCCGACAGUCACUUUUGAGGAUGAAAGAAGAGGAUUUCGUGGAAAGACUAAGUUACAGAAUCAGACGUGUGGUUGCAAUUUCUCAGGUGGGCAUUGAUUCCGUCCAAGCAGAUUGGAGUCAAAAUUUUACAGAGAAGGCUGGAUAUCAUCAGUUUGAGUGGGCUAUUGGGACUGGAAACGGAGAAUCAGAUAUCCUCGGUUUCAAAAAAUUAGGUAGUGAUAGGAGUGCCCGAGUCAGCGGCCUAGACCUUCGUGGAUUACACGAAUGCUACAUUACUGUUAGGGCAUUUAAAAAAAAUGGUCGCUCCUCUGAUCAUUCCGUCAAAGCCCAUGCGUUGAGAGGCCAACAAUGCGUUCACUCCAGGCUUGUUGUCGGGGAUGGCUUUGUUUCAGUUAAAAGAGGGGAAUGCAUUCGGAUGUUUUUUGAGCAUGCUGAAGAGGCUGAGGAAGAAGAGGAUGAAGUGAUGAUAGACAAAGAUGGGAAUGAGCUUGACGGUGAGUGCUUGCGUCCACAAAAGCACGCUAAGAGUCCAGAACUUGCUCGAGAGUUUCUUCUAGAUGCUGCAACGGUUAUUUUCAAAGAGCAGGUUGAAAAGGCCUUUAGGGAAGGCACAGCUCGUCAGAAUGCGCACAGUAUAUUUGUUUGCCUUUCAUCGAAACUAUUAGAGCAACGUGUUCAUAUUGCCUGCAAGGAAAUUGUCACCCUGGAGAAGCAGAAUAAACUUCUUGAGGAAGAAGAGAAAGAAAAGCGUGAAGAAGAGGAGCGGAAAGAAAGGAAAAGAACAAAAGAAAGGGAGAAAAAACUUCGUAGAAAGGAGAGGUUGAAGGAAAAAGAACGAGAAAAAGAGCAGAAGAAUCCAAAAUCUAGUGAUAAAGCAGUGCUGCCAGAUGUGCCUAGGGAAGAAGAAGGCUCUUUGAAUCUUGAUGAGGAGGCAAACAAUACCGUAAGCUGCAAUGAGUCGGGAAUUGAAACUGGAGAUGUGGAAUUGUCUCCACCUGAUGAGUCUCCUGAUGAUCAAGAUGGUGAGUGUUUGGAUGGUUGCACUUCUCCAAGAACGGAAACCCACUAUUUCGAUAGCACUGACAGAGAGAUUAUAGAUCAUGAAGAUGAAAACGGGUGCUUAACAAAUGAUAAUCCAAGACCUGUUCAUCAGACAGCAAGGUUCUGGAAAGAACCUCAACCUGAUCAUGCUUUAAAGUGGUCAGAGAAACGCAGAUAUCCUGAGAAUGCUUCUUUUGUCAGUAGGGCUCAGCCAAGAUACUGUAAUGAGAGAUUUGACGUGUCCUCAGGAUACUCAAAUAAAACUUUGAGAGUGAAAGCUUCGAAGCCUGGGGGUAGCCCGAAUAGCACUAAGACACAUGAGUCUCAUUGUAGUGAGAGGUACGAUUACCAUUCUUGCAGCUGCAAACCCGUUAGUGUAUACCGGGAGAAGGUAGUAGAAUCUAACAGAGGCAUGCGAGAACCCAAAACCAUGUUCAAAUCAGACUCUGAUCCUGAUGUCUCCAAGUCAGUUAACCAAGCCAAUAGGUAUGCUCAGUCAGAUUCUAGACGAGAGUUGAGACCUGGAAGCAAAGUGACCAUCAGUCAAAAUCCUUCUAUGAGGGAUCCAGUGUAUGUGAGGAAGGCCUUGGACUCCAUGGAGCUGAAGCAUCCACGAAACAGCUCAAAUUCUGACAUGUCACCAGUUACAUGUUCACCAUUGAAGGCUGGAGAGGUUAGUUCUGCUGUGAAGUCAGCUGAUACACUCCCUCGUUGCAAGGCUAAUGCCAAUCUUAUCGACUCAACGGAGGAAGACAAGAAGAUAGGAGUUGACGUAAAACCGAAAGUUGAUGAUGAGCUGUACUCGAAGGAUCCUAUAAUGAGUAGAACCUCCAGUUCAGACAAUUGUUCGUCAUGUCUCAGUGAAGGAGAUAACAAUACAGCUUCUUCAAACAACGGGAACACUGAAUCCUCCUCAAUGUCUGAUUCUGAAGAUACCAGUCUGCAAUCUGAAGGAAGAGAGAAUCUUGUGGUCACUGGGAAUGAUAUGGCUAACUGCUACGAGAAGAUGACAGAGAAAGAGACAGAGAAGAGUAUCGAUGAAAGAGAGGUUUUAAGGAUUAGGAACAUGUCUAACCUUCCAGCUGACAAUGGGGAGAGUAAAUUAUCGGGAACUCCUUUUACAGUUCCUAGCCAAAACAUGGAAAAUAUGGCACACCAUGUUAACACUGGUUCCUACCUGUCCCAGCCACAAAGCAUGAUGUAUCCCCAAAUGCUUAACCAGAGUAUACCGUUGCCAGUCUACGAAGCUCCUUCACCAAUGGAUUACUAUCAUCAAGCUCCAGUCUCUUGGUCUGCAGCUCCAGCCAACGGAUUAAUGCCAUUCCCUCAUUCUAACCAUUAUGUAUACUCAAGUCCUCUUGGAUACAGUCUGAACGGAGAGUCCCCAUUAUGCAUGCAGUACGGAGCCCCACUGAACCACCAUUCAGCAACCCCUUACUUCAAUUCAGGGCCAGUUCCAGUUUUCCAUCCGUUUGCUGAGACCAACCCAAUGAUGAGCUUUGUGGACCAAGCUCAAGCUCUUGAGCCAUUGGAACACAGUGCUCUGAUGGAAGCAGCUGAAAGGAGAUUAAACCGAAUCUUUCCAAUGCAAACUGCAAGCAGCAGAGGUCUGCAAACUGAUGGUGAUGAAAACUUCUCCUUGUUUCACUCCGGUGGGCCGGUUGCUAUGUCUACAGGAAGCAAGUCGAAUCAUGCUCAUUCAAAAGAUGGGAUGCUUGGUGAUUUCUCCUUGCAGUUCUCAGGAGAUCAUCUUUUUGGCGAUCCCAACGGCAAUAACAAGAAAGAGAAGGAGAAAGAGAGCAUAGUAGGUGAAGAGUACAACUUGUUUGCGACAAGUAACGGCUUGAGUUUUUCUAUCUCUUAA